GUCCCAAGGUUCCCUUCACUUCACCAAGACACUCACUCUAAACGUCUCUCUUCCUCUUAAUUACUACAAAUCUCUCUCUCUCUCUCUCUCUUUGUUUUCUUGGCUUCUGCUCAAAUUUGAAUCUCUCUUAACUAAACUCCUUGUUCAGAUCUCUCAAACUCCAUAGAAAUGAAGAAAGUAGUGUUGAAAUUGGAAUUGUACGACGAGAAGGCUAAGAAGAAAGCCAUGAGGGCAGUCUCAGGGCUUGAAGGGCUCGAUUCAAUUUCCAUGGAUAUGAAGGACAAGAAACUGACAGUUACAGGGGACAUAGAUCCAGUACAUUUGGUGAGCAAACUGAGGAAGCUUUGCCACACAGAGAUAUUGUCAGUUGGGCCAGCAAAAGAGGAGAAGAAGAAGGAGGAGCCCAAGAAAGAGGAGCCAAAGAAGCCAGAUGAGAAGAAGAAAGAUCCAAAGGACGAAAUGGCUGAGCUUAUAAAGGCCUACCAGGCUCAUUAUCCUCCCAUGCCUGCAUGCUAUUACGUAAGAAGCCAAGAAGAGGAUCCCAAUUCUUGUGUCAUUUGCUGAUUUUGACAAUUUUUUUAAGAAUUGGGAAGAUGGUGUUCAAGAAGAAGACAAGUCGUUUAUGUACAGUGGAGUGUUAUUUAUUUAUAUUGUUGGCGUGUCGUUGGUUUGCAAUCAUCCAGAAGAAAGUAAACUUUUCUCAGAGGUCUAACCAAAAAACCAUAAAAUAUCCUGGAGGCCUCUUUCAUGUACGAGUCUGUUUUUGUUAUUACACUUUGAUAUGGGAUAAUUAAUGGAUGAAUUAGCUAUGUGCUACUACAGCUUCAGAAUAA